GACGGGGGGGUUGGGUAGCAGUGCCGAUUGGUUGCUGCUCACCAUCACAGUCGGUCUGGGCUUGUUUUAACAUAACCAGGGGCACUUCGACAGCAGGCAACCCCCCCUCCAACCCCCCCCAUGUAGUAAAUAAGCUGCUGUGGCUGUUGAGGUUCUGGCACACUGAAUUUCCGCUGGUCUUGUGGCGGAUUGGAGAAUUACUUUUUAUUUUCUUAUUUAAGGUGACAGCUUUUUUUUCCUUUCUCUUUUUCUUCAAUGGGGCCGCCGCUGAUCAGGCGGAUGACGCGCAGGGAAUGAGAGCCGUGCCUCGGCCUACUGCCGCUGUGCAGACCCGCUCUCACCGAGCCAGAGAAGCACCCGCUGUGUGCCACAUUAUCAAACAUCCGCCGGCGGUUUCACGGUAACCGACCUCCAAAUGCUUGUUUGUGCGAGCCACUCACUGUGUUCCUGUGAUGGUUCGGUGUCACCACCUCCUCCGCCUGUGCGCUCCUCCAUUGACUCCAUUGACCGCUCCACUGACCCGCGGCCGGCAGACAAAGCGGAUAGAGCCAUGACAACAUGAACCAGUCCUACAGGCCGCCGUCCUGCAGCCUCAAACAGCCAGCAGCACUUGGGUACAACCAGCCCGACCGAUCCCACUGCUACAGCCCUCUGAGGAGGCUGCAGGACCUGACCUCCGUGGUCAACAGGUCCGACCCGGAGAGGGACCGUAACCCCAGGAACCACUUGCGCUGUGCCAGCCCCAUCAGUGACGAUGAGGAGUCUGAGGCGCCGCCAGUCCGGCUGCCUCCGUCUCCGGCCAACGAUGGCGUGGAGCCCUUUGAGACUCUGCAGGACGUGAGCAGAAACGACUUCUCCUCUCGCAGUCCCGACAGCAUGGAGCGCUGCUCGCCCAUCCCCAAUGGCUACCUGCAUUUCGAAUCCACGCUGUUUGACAGCAGUGACAUUAAAGAAGAGGGGGGGGGCAGCAGCAGCGAGGACAUGGCCCCUUUUCAACACUCGGAUCGAACUGUGACUGACCGCAGGGCCGCGAGCAGCUCGGGUGCGGACAAAAGAACGUACAAACCUACGGUCUUUAACCUGAUGUCCAAAACCAUAUCUGAACUGAACCCCACACUAAGCCCCAGCGCACUGCCAGACAUCACCAUGAGAGACGGGUGGAGCUUCGGCGAGGAGUCGGACAGUGACGGGGAACUCGGAUCUCCCGUUGACCCCGGACUUAUUUCCCCAGCGGGCACCAACUCGAAUUCCAAUAGCCCAAAGAAAAAGCCUCUUCCUGCAGUGAAAUACACAGAAGGGGACUUUGUGUGGGCCAAAUUCAACAGACGGCCCUGGUGGCCCUGCGCCAUCAACUGUGACCCCGACCAGGGGAUCUACACUAAGAUGAAAGUUCCCCAUCCCCGUCCUUGUCGGAUGUAUUUCCUGCAAACCAUUGGGGAGAUUUCAGAAGGUGCCUGGGUCCCCGGAAAUGCCAUUCUUCCUUUUGAGGGAGGCCAUGAGUUUCAAGACCUACCUGUGCUUCGACGGAGGGGGAAACAGAAGGAGAAAGACUACAAGUAUACGAUACCCAAAAGUUUGAUGACAGCCUGGAAAGUCAGUGUGGAAGAAGCCGAGGGUCUGCUCCGAGAUCGGAGAAGGAAUUCCGAACGCCUGCUUCCAGCAUCUGAAAACGGAGAGGAGCGUGUUCCCAGCCCGAGCCCCACAGCCUCCGUCUCCGUGGACACCAGCCGACGACCCCCAUCGCCCAGUGUGGCCCCCAGUGGAAACGAGCACGCUCUCAUCAAAAACUCUCCUUCAGUUCAACACAACAAGAGCAAAGCCUGCAAGAAGAAAAAGAAAUGCUUGUCAGACAUAUUCGGUCAUAUAGUCGGUGGAUCCAAGGGGUCAUCUACCAUCACAAACAUGGCGGAGUGCCGUCCCACAGCAACUUGUGCACUGAAAGACGAGCCGAAGGACUCGGCCUACACGGACCUGGAUUCAGUUCCGAUGCUGCAUCGUCCCAAACGCACGUUGUUGCCUCCGAAACACAGAAAAGAAAAGGGUUCAACAAAAACUAAGACAAAGUGUGCAGAGAAAGUGAACCCGUCUACCUAUCCCUGUGACGCCUUUAGCGCUCUAACAGAAGGGUUGUCGUCCAAAGAGACGCUUCCUGAGCAGAGUUCGGGCAGCGCUCGUGAAUUGCCGUACAGUCCGACCGAAAAGCACUCCAUGAGUCUCCCUGCCAGCAGUGGUCUCAUGACGAGGGCUCUCAGAGCAGAGGAGACGGAGCUCAAAGAUGCGCUGGACACAAGCCAACUCUCCACAGACGCCUCAUCGGACGCACCCGUAAGAACACCUGAAAACUGUCCUCAGGUGGAAUCGCCCUGCACCGCUUCCACCUCUAGGAAUCACAGCUCUCCAAAGAGGCGCGCUCGGAAGCCCGACAAGAAACACAUUCGGAACGGCUCGUUGAUAAAGUCCCUGUCCGAGGACUCGUGUCUGCCCGCUGUGCAGCCGGUCACGGUCAAGACCGAAAACCCAGAUCUGUCCUAUUGCACCUCGCCGUCCUCCUCUCCCUCGCCCAUGAAUGCUUUCCAGGAUGUUAAGGAACUGACGUUUAAAUCUCUUGUCAAGGAGGACAACGGCGACUCUGAGCCCACGGCAUUUCGGCCGGAUUCCAAUUACAAGUUCAGCACCUUCCUGAUGCUCCUGAAGGACAUGCACGACACCAGAGAACAGGAAGGCAAACCCUUGGCUGUACCGCCGUCGCCUGCCCUGAUCAAGCAGGAGCCCCUGAUGCUCCCGACGUUCACGGGAGGAGAACUGAAGGGUUCCGCUGGCGGCGCCAUCAAAACGGAGAACGGGAGGUCGAGGAAAUCCACAACACCCAAAAACACGGCGGCGAGGAGCAAGAACAGGACUAAAGCCAUCAUGACGGCCGACACCUACCAUUGUGAAGUCGUUCCCGCCCGCUCCAAGACCGGCAGCUCGGACAAGCAGCGCCGGAAGCAGCGGCUUCCUGCCAAACUAAACCUGGGCAUACCUGGGCUGUCUUCGGACCUGGCCGACCUGGCUUACGGCAGGGAGUUUGUCAGUGGCCACGCUGACCUAGCUGGUCCCGGGUCCUGUACUGCUGCCGCUGCCGCUGCCGCCGCUGCCGCCGCCGCCGCCGCCGCCGCUGAUCCCUCGGCCAGCUACCUCGUUAAGAACUCAGGAUCUGCAGUGGCUCCAAAGAAGCGCUGGCAGAUGUUGGAGGGGGCCGCUGAGAAUAAGGCGGACGUGAUGAGCCGGGCGCCCGCUGAGACGAAUGGGUCUUACCACACGAGGGGGUCCCCAGAUCUGGAUCUGGGAGUCGAGAAGCAGGCAGAGGACGACUCGCUCUUCUUCGAGAUGAGCGGCGCAGCCGGACAUUCGGAGAACAAGCGUCUCCGGAAACCAACUAAAAGGCUCCUGGAGUCCAUCGAGGAGUACGAACAGAUUUUUGUCCCAAAAAAGAAAUCAAAGAAACACUCCUCAGAAUCUUCCAAAAUGCAGACAUCGGGGAUGACGGCGCUCCACGACCUCAGCACCACGGCGGACACAAGUACCUCGGCCUCCUCUUCUGUUGGACCACUGGAGGCUUCGGAACAGAGUCCACCUCAGGAUGAGCGUUCUCCUGUAGCAUCCCCAUUGUCUCCAGCUCCAACUCAACCCUCCAUCGAUGCAGAGACCGCAGAAGAAACUGAUCUACCUCCCGAUUCUGAAACAGGGUUAUUGGUCCCAGACAGAAAGAGGCCAAGGAAACUGUCUCACCAGGUGCUGGAAUGUACCAUAGAAGAAGUGUCUGUUGCUCAUACAAAGAAGAAGGAGCCAAAGCGACAAGAAACCUCGAUCAAGAAAACUCAGGAUGUAUCUGUGAAGAAGGAGAAGCCUCCGGCCGGUGAAUCCUCUCCCCCUGCUGCGCCCGACCAAUCAGAAUGCAAAGAACUCCCCCUGGUCCUCCCUUAUAAGUGGCCCCCCAGCCCUCAGGGAUCUGAGACGCCCCGGGGGGGGGCCGAGGUGGAAGCCUGCAGCACUACGGAAAAACCACACGCGCGUCCUGCGACUCCCAGACCUGAGGUGCUGCCGUCUGUCUGCUUGAAUGACAGCCUCUCCUCUCAGGUGGAUGUAAAGGGGAAAAUAGGAGCUACCUCCCUAAAGGAGAACGUCUGUCAGGUGUGCGAGCGGACGGGUGACCUGCUGGUGUGUGAAGGACACUGUUAUGGAGCCUUUCACCCGCAGUGCAUUGGCCUGUCAGCGGCCCCCAAGGGGAAAUUCCUCUGUGGCGAGUGCAACGCAGGUGUGCACGCGUGCUUCGUGUGCAAGAAGCCCGGCAGUGGGGUGAAGCGCUGCAUCAUACCGCUGUGCGGGAAGUUCUACCACAACGACUGUAUAUCGGCGUUCUCCGCCACGCAGCCGCACAGCAAGGGCUCCCGCUGCCCUCUGCACGUGUGUCUGUCCUGCCACAUCGCCAACCCUCUCAACAUCUGCAGCACCAAAGGUCGGUUGGCUCGAUGCGUUCGCUGCCCCGUGGCCUAUCACGCCAAUGACAACUGUAUGGCAGCAGGCAGCCUGGUGCUGGCUAACAAUAGCUUCCUCUGUCCAAACCACUUUACUCCCCGCAAGGGCUGCAAGAACCACGAACACAUCAACGUGAGCUGGUGCUUUGUGUGCUCUGAGGGGGGCAGCCUGCUGUGCUGUGAGGCCUGUCCUGCUGCUUUCCAUCAGGAGUGUUUGAACAUCGAGAUGCCACAGGGCAGCUGGUUCUGCAAUGACUGCAAAGCUGGAAAGAGGCCUCGCAUUAAGGACAUACUGUGGGUGAAAUGGGGGCGUUACAGGUGGUGGCCUGCAGAAGUUUGUCUGACCAGAGACGUUCCGGACAACAUCUUGAGGAUGAAACAUGAGGUGGGAGAGUUCCCCGUGCAAUUCUUUGGAUCCAGAGAUUUUGUGUGGACGUACCAUGCCAGAGUCUUCCCCUACAUGGAGGGUGACACUCACAACAUAGAGAAGAUGGGAAAGGGAGCAGAUGCGGUGUACAAAAAUGCCUUGACUGACGCAGCAGAGCGGUUCAGAGAGCUGCAGGCCGAGAGGGAGAUGAAGCAGCUCCAGGAGAACAGAAAGAACGACAAGAAGCCUCCUCCAUACAAGCACAUCAAGGUCAACCGGCCCAUCGGCAAAGUGCAGAUCUUUACCGCCGACCUGUCGGAGAUCCCGCGCUGCAACUGUAAGGCGUCUGACGAGAACCCGUGCGGCGUGGACUCCGAGUGCAUUAACCGCAUGCUGAUGUACGAGUGCCACCCUCAGGUGUGUGUGGCCGGUGAGCGUUGUCAGAACCAGGCCUUCACAAAGCGCCAGUACACGCCUGUGGAAAUCUUCCGAACGCUGUCGCGUGGCUGGGGUUUAGUCGGCGUGUCGGACAUCAAGAAGGGAGCCUUCGUCAGCGAAUAUGUGGGAGAGGUGAUCGAUGAAGAAGAAUGCCGGGCCAGGAUCCGACACGCCCAGGAGAACGACAUCUGUAACUUCUACAUGCUUACAGUGGACAAGGACCGGAUCAUUGACGCCGGGCCCAAAGGGAACCAGGCUCGCUUCAUGAACCACUGCUGCCAGCCCAACUGUGAGACUCAGAAGUGGACCGUGAAUGGGGACACCAGAGUGGGGCUGUUUGCUCUACAAGACAUCCCAAAAGGUGUGGAGCUGAAUUUUAACUACAACCUGGAGUGUCUGGGCAAUGGCAAAACUGCUUGUAAAUGUGGAGCACCAAACUGCAGUGGUUUCCUGGGGGUCAGGCCAAAGAACCAGCCAUCGGCUGAGAAGCUGAAGGAAGGUAAGAGGAAGGUCCCCAUGAAGAAGAAGACCAAGCAAGAAGUGACCAAGGAGAGGGAGGACGAGUGCUUCAGCUGCGGAGACGGGGGCCAGAUAGUGUCCUGUAAGAAGCCGGGUUGCCCCAAGGUCUAUCACGCCGACUGCCUCCACCUGGCCAAGAGGCCUGCAGGGCGAUGGGAGUGUCCAUGGCACCAGUGUGACGUCUGCGGUAAAGAGGCAGCUUCGUUCUGUGAGAUGUGUCCCAGCUCCUACUGUAAGGAGCAUCGCGACGGCAUGCUCUUCAUCUCCAAACUGGACGGCAAGCUGUCGUGCAGUGAACACGACCCCUGUGGACCGGACCCACUGGAGCCGGGGGAGAUCCGUGAAUACGUGCCCGGCAUGACCUCCGUGAGGCCGGGGAACGUGGCCGCGCCGGUCACUCAGUCACCCGGCCCCGACUCCAGAGAAGCCACUUCUGCUCCAGUUUCUUCCCCCGAUGGACAGGGUGCAUCGGCCGGACAGGGGCCCCCGCCUCGCCUCUAUAUCAACACAAAGACGGCUACCUCGAGCUUCGUCCCCUCCAGCGGCCCUUACGGCACGGACCGGACUGAGGGGAAAGGGUUUUCCACCCCCACCUCCUCCAGAGACGAAAGAGAGGACGGCGAGGUGGAGGACGGGGAGGUGUGCGGGUUAGAGAUGGAGGACUUGGACGAUGACGGUGAAGAUGAAGAAGCAGAGGAGGAGGAGGAGGAGGAGGUGGAGGCGGAGGAGGAAGAAGAGGAUGACAUGGAGGAGAUGGAGGUCGUGGAAGAUGAGCCGCGGUAUGGAGAUGAUCAGCUGCAGGAAGGCGAUCACAAAGGGGGGGGCGAAGGAGGGGAUGUGUAUGACACUUGGGGUGAUUAUGCCAAUGAAGAUACCGAUGAUGACGACGAUGAUGACGACGACGAUGACGACGACGAUGACGAUGAUGAUGAUGGAGAGGUGGAAGGGGAGGAGUGGGGUAGAGUAGAGGACAAUGACAAGUGACUCUGGUCCCCCUUUUUCCUUAAUGACAACUCAGCAUCAAACUCUCCACUCAAAACAAAAAAGUUUGAAAAAAGGCCGAGAGUUUGAUAUUUCGGUACCUACUUGAAAGCAACACUGCCUUCACUUUGGUACCGCGUUGCCUUCGAGUCCCCAGACUGCUGGACUGAUGGUGGGGAUGCGUACUGGUGCUAGGUCUCAAGAACUGUCUCAGUCCGUCUCUUUAUACUUACGUCGAUAUGUUUGUGUCUGGUGCUGUUAUGUUCCAUGGUUUGUUUUUUUCAACAUUGUUUACAUUUUUUGGCCUUUUUCAAUGUUUGGAAUAUAAGAAAAAGGUGAGAAGUUUUACCUGACCAAACUGUCAUUAGGGCAUGUUAUGUUGCUGUUACUGUCUUAACUUUGUAUAUCUAACUACAAGAGUGAUCAAAGUAGAGUUCUCACUGGUCCAUGUUAGAGUUUGGCACAACAAUGUCUGCUCGGUGCUUCUGAAGAAUGCAAAAAUAAACCCACUGGAGUCAUAAAGACUUUUGAUGAUUCACUCACUCACUACAAAAACUGCCCUUUCAUUUUGUUUCUUUACAUUUUCAAUCAACAGUUGGGGCAGUUAUCAGAGAAACACAGAAAAGUCAUGACAACUACACUAGUAAAAAAAAAAAAAUGUAACAUUUGUCUUCCAUUGGUCACUUCUGUCCCAUUCAGAGUUUGAUCAAAGUACAGAUUCACUGUUCAGACUCCGGUCAAUGUGUCACAACAUUAUAUUUUGGUUUUCUACUGUGACCUCCUAAGUGUAAAUGUUUGACAGAUAAGCAAGCCAAAUCAACAGUUGGCAGAAAAUAAACAUAUUUUUAUGUGUCU